UUUCUUCUACAACUUUUCUUCUUCUUCAUACGGCAGACUCGGCACUCGUCGGCGGUAGCUCCGGUGAACCUCACCUGAGCCAGUCGGAACUCGUCGGCGGUAGCACCGGUCAACCUUUACCUCACCACAUCCAGUCGGAAGUUUAGCUGUCUUCUUCUUCUUCUCCACUCUUCAAUCCAGACGUCGUCCACGGUCCAGUUGCUCUCCCGAGAUUAUAUAUACCGAGAAAGUGAGAAAUUGGAAUGGGAUCGAAGUCGAAAAAGCCAUCCAAGGCAAUAGUGAAGCGAUCGAAUCUUGAGCAAGAUGCUUCUCCUUUGAAUUCUUUAUCUCUUGAUCCAGUUACAGAUGUAGAAGCUUCUGAAGAAGAGCUUCGCCGUCUUCUAGAAGAGGCGGCUCUUAGGUUUCCCUCUCUCAUUGGCCAUUCAGCCUUGAUUGGACGAGUCACUGAUAGCGAAGUUGAGUCCAAAGGCUGUAGAAUAUGGUUAUCGGAGUCUUCCAUGAUCAAAUCUUCCAUACUUAUUAGUUCUCUUGUUUCGGUUUCCCUUACUUCAGCAAGAUUGGAAUGUUCAAACAGCUUCCAACUAAACUCGAUAGCAGAUGAAUUUGCAAGAAACUGUGGUGUUGAUUCCAACAAGAAAGUGGUUGAUGAAGCUGGAAAUUACUUCGUUUUAGCCACAGUUUACCCUCUUGGAAAGUUGAAAAAUGACGAGGUUCGCUUAUCAUCAAACCUUUCGAGUUCAUUGUGUUACCCUGCUUCAGGCAGGACCGUAUUUGUUUAUCCUAUUCCAGCUUCUCUGAAUAAACAACAAAAUGAGAACUGUUUACUGAUAUCUAACUGUAAGGAAUUAUAUCUAGAGUUGGCCACUCCCAAGUCUGACAUUGAUCAUUCUGGGCCGAGAAGUUAUCAUCAAAUUGAUAAUUUGCACGCUUCCUCCCCUGCUACUCCAAUAAACCCGCGUUCGAAGCCUACCUUUUCCCCGGUCAGCCAUCGCAGUCAAUCAGAUGAUCAUGAAAGUUUGAAAUCAAACUUGACCAAAAUGUUAGAAGAUGAAAGUUCAAAGAAACUUCUCCAGACCUGUUCUACAUAUUGGUUGCAUUCUCGCAAUUUGCUCUAUGGAAAUUUUGUUACCAUUCCAAUCAACUCAAAAGUUUCCACCUUCCAGGUUAUUACCGCUAGAAAAAUUACAUCAAGCAAUUCUUUGGAGGGUUUAACCGGUGAAGAUCAAGAUCCGGAAGACCUUGUGGAUGAUGCAUUCUUGGUCAACCAUAUGACCACAGUACAUUUUUCUUUACCUUCAACUGAAGCACCUCAAGCGAAAGGAUUUCCAUCUCUAAAGCUUGAAUAUGAAGCUAGCAAUGCUAAUGAAGAAGAAGAUUUUUCCAAAUUAGGUGGUUUGUCAAGUGAAUACUCAAUCUUGAAGGACAUAAUAAUUUCAUCAAAAAGGUCUACUCUUUCAAGACUAGGUUUACGGCCUAUCAAGGGAGUGCUUAUUCAUGGUCCUCCUGGAACAGGGAAAACUUCUUUAAUAAAAAAAUGUGUGCGAGAAGCUGACAUCAGGCUUUACACAGUGAAUGGGCCAGAGAUUUUUGGGCAGUAUCAAGGAGAAAGUGAACAAGCAUUACAUGAAGUGUUCGAUCUAGCAAGUAAAACAGCACCGGCAGUGGUUUUUAUUGAUGAAUUGGAUGCUAUUGCUCCUGCACGAAGAGAAGGAGGUGAAGAGCUCUCGCAGAGAAUGGUUGCCACCUUAUUGAAUUUGAUGGAUGGAAUUAGAAGAACAGAUGGUCUACUUGUAAUUGCUGCCACAAACAGGCCUGACAGUAUUGAGCCAGCACUAAGGCGGCCUGGAAGACUUGACAGGGAAAUUGCGAUAGGCGCACCAUCUCCUCAACAACGCCAUGAUAUAUUGCUUGCUCUUCUCAGCGAUAGAAAACACUCACUCUCAGAUUCACGAAUUCUGAAUCUCGCUACAAACACGCAUGGGUUUGUGGGUGCUGAUCUUGAAGCUCUCUGCAAAGAAGCAACUUUCAUGGCUUUGAGGCGCCACAUUGAUAUGGACAAAUUCAAUAGGGACAUGUCUUCAGGAGGUGCUACUCAUGAAGAUUGUUCAAGUGGCACAGAAGAUGAUCUUUCUGGUGAUACUGUAAAAUCUGCUCCUCCUUCUAUAACUGAUCUUCAUCUUCCACUUAAGACCUACAAUGAGAAUUUGAAUAUAUGCUCUGAAGAUUUUGACAAGGCUAGAAUGAAAGUGAAUCCAAGUGCUAUGCGGGAGGUAAUACUUGAGAUUCCAAUGGUAAAGUGGGAAGAUGUUGGCGGGCAGAAAGAGAUAAAAGCACAGCUGAUAGAAGCUGUGGAAUGGCCUCAGAAGCACCGGGAUGCGUUCAUUCGAAUUGGGACCCGCCCACCAACAGGUGUUCUGAUGUUUGGUCCACCUGGGUGUAGCAAAACCCUUUUGGCACGAGCAGUUGCCUCGAAUGCAGGCCUAAAUUUUCUUGCAGUGAAGGGCCCUGAACUUUUCAGUAAAUGGGUUGGCGAGUCAGAAAAGGCUGUAAAGUCUCUUUUCGCAAAGGCGAGAGCUAAUGCUCCUGCCAUCAUAUUUUUCGAUGAAAUCGACGGUCUUGCUGUUAUUCGCGGAAAAGAAAAUGACGGAGUUUCGGUUUCUGAUAGAGUUAUGAGUCAACUUCUUGUCGAAAUGGAUGGCAUGCAACAACGAUCAAAUGUUACUGUAAUUGCCGCUACGAAUCGGCCAGACAAUAUUGAUCCCGCCCUUCUAAGACCAGGGCGCUUUGAUCGGUUAAUUUAUGUGGGACCUCCAAGUAAAUCUGACCGAGAAGAGAUUUUUCACAUACAUUUGCGCAAAAUGGCGUGUGGUUCUGAUGUCUGCAUAGAGGAACUGGCUCUUCUAACCGAAGGGUGUACAGGGGCUGAUAUUUCGCUCAUCUGUCGAGAAGCAGCUCUAUCUGCAUUAGAUGAGAGCCUUGAAGCUUCCGAGAUAAGAAUGAAUCACUUUAAAACCGCAAUUGAUAAAGUAGAGCCAACUGACAUCCAGUCCUAUGAAGAAUUAUAUAUGAAGUUUGAAAGAUUUGUCCCCUCUACAGCUAGAAAAGAUGAGAUAGAUGAUCUUCAAUCUAGUUCAACUGUUGUAGAUGAUAAUCAUGAAUCCAACUCCAGCAGAUCGAAAUGGAACUUUUUUGGAUCUUUAUUUUGGAAAUGAUGGAAUCCUGAUUGCCAUUGAAGCUUUCAAGAAAAUGGAAGAACACUUAAUAUUGAAAAUGCAUAUAUAUUUUUUGUUUUUCUAAAAAUUUAUCAAAUUUUAUGUGCUUUAUUUUUUGUUGGACUUGACAUAGUGUUGUUUUUUUUAUUUUUUUUUAGGAACUUAGAAUAACCCAAUCCCUACCCUAGACUUUUAAGUGAGAUUCUUUGUCACUUAGCAAAAUUUUGAGCAAAUUUAUGUAUGA